AUGUCCACUGUGUGUAGAAGAGCUCGGACCACGGGCAAUGCCCGCGAUGGCUGCAGCUGCACUCCAAUUGGAUCACGUACUCCUAUGACAUGGUUGACAAACGAUCCUCAUCCAACUGCUGAUUCUCCGAGAGAGAACGAGAUGAGGCACCAUGAUCACCAUCGAGCAAGGACGUCCAGCCGAGACACCCUCCGGCUCGCGCUUCUUCUCUUCCUGCUCCUGUCGUCCUCGCAGCUGCGCGGCGCGAGCUCUGCGCCCGGCGAGGCAGAGGCGCUCCUGGAAUGGAAGGACAGCCUGCCGCUGACCGCGGCCGCCGCGGGCGCUCUGGGCUCGUGGGACCGGGCGGCCGCCGCCAACUCCAGCUUCGUGGUGUGCUCGUGGCACGGCAUGACGUGCGACGUCUUCGGCCGGGUCGUCGGCGUCGACGUGUCCGGCGCCAGCAUCGACGGCACGCUCGACGCUCUGGACCUCUCGUCCCUGCCCAGCCUCGGCAGCCUCAACCUCAGCUACAACGCGCUGGUGGGAUCGUUCCCGUCGAACGUGUCCGCGCCGCUGCUUAACAUCACGUCGGUGGAUUUGUCCAACAAUAAUUUGUCGGGCCCCAUCCCGCCGGCCUUGCCUGCGUACAUGCCCAACCUCGAGCACCUCAACCUUUCGUCCAACCAGUUCGCCGGCGAAAUACCGCCUUCCGUCGCCAACUUGACCAGGCUUCAGAGCCUUGUUCUUGGCAAGAACAGUUUUUCCGGCGGCAUUCCGCCGGCGCUCGGUUCCAUCUCGAGGUUACGAGUGCUCGAGCUGCACAGCAACCCGCUGGGCGGCGCGAUCCCCGCCUCUCUCGGCAAGCUCCGGUCGCUGGAGCGCAUCAAUGUCAGCAUCGCUCAGCUGGAGUCCACCCUUCCGACGGAACUCAGCCACUGCACCAACCUCACCGUCAUCGGCCUCGCCGUCAACAAGCUCUCCGGGAAGCUGCCGUUGUCGUGGGCCAAGCUGAGGAAAGUACGGGAAUUCAACGUCUCCAAGAACAUGCUCACCGGGGAUAUCUUGCCGGACUACUUCACCGCGUGGACACGUCUCACGGUGUUUCAGGCGGACAAGAACCGUUUCAUCGGCGAGGUUCCCGCAGAGGUCGGCAUGGCGUCGAGGCUGGAGUUCCUCUCCUUCGCGACCAACAACCUCUCCGGCGAGAUCCCGGCGAUCAUCGGAAGUCUGACGAAUCUGAAGCUGCUGGACCUCGCCGAGAACGAAUUCUCUGGUACUAUUCCACGGACCAUCGGCAACCUGACAAGAUUAGAGACUCUUCGACUGUACAACAACAAGCUCACCGGCGGGUUGCCUGACGAGUUGCGGAACAUGAGGGCGCUGCAGAAGAUAUCCGUGAGCACCAACAUGCUCGACGGGAAGCUGCCGGCCGGGCUUGUCCGGUUGCCAAACCUCGUCUACAUCGUCGCCUUCGACAACUUCUUCUCCGGGACAAUCCCGCCGAUUUCCAGCCGGCAGCUGACCGUGGUAAGCAUGGCAAACAACAACUUCUCCGGCGAGCUGCCCCAAGGGCUGUGCUUGAGCGCCUCCCGCCUCAUGUACCUUGGCCUGGACAGCAACCAGUUCACCGGCACCGUGCCUGCUUGCUACCGCAACUUGACCAAGCUGGUACGCAUCAGGAUGUCACGUAACCGGCUUACCGGCGACGUGUCACAGGUCUUGGGAUUGCAUCCUAACCUUUACUACAUCGAUCUCUCCGGGAAUGCCUUCGGCGGCGAGCUCCCAGAGCACUGGGCUCAGUUCCAGAGCCUCUUGUAUCUGAACCUGGACCGCAACAAGAUCACCGGGACAAUUCCUCCCGGUUUCGGUGACAUGGCCGCACUGAAAGAUUUGAGCCUCGCUGCGAAUCACCUCGCCGGCGCGAUCCCUCCGGAGCUCGGCAAAUUACAGUUGCUCAAUGUGAACCUGAGGCACAACAUGUUGUCAGGUCCGAUUCCUUCGACACUAGGGAACGUCACAACCAUGCUGCUGCUGGACCUGUCUGGGAAUGAGCUCGACGGCGGCGUGCCCCUGGAGCUCACGAAACUGGACCGCAUGUGGUACCUGAACCUGAGCAGCAACAACCUCACCGGAGCGGUGCCGGCUCUGCUGGGCAAGAUGAGCUCGCUGAGCGACCUGGAUCUCAGUGGCAACCCGGGCCUGUGCGGCGACGUAGCCGGCCUGAAAUCCUGCAGCUUGCAUGCCACCGGAGACGGAGUAGGCUCACGGCGACACAACAUCAGGCUGGUCCUUGCUGUCGCCCUUUCUGUUGUCGGCGCGCUGCUCUUCUUCGUCGCUGCAGUGGCUCUCCUGCUCGUCCGCAAGAAUAGGCGAACCGACGAAGACACGGAGGAGACAACCGCGAGCGGCAGCGGCACGACGGAUCUGCAGGCGUCCAUAUGGAGCAAGGACGUGGAGUUCUCCUUCGGCGAGAUCCUGGCGGCGACGGAGCACUUCAACGAGGCCUACUGCAUCGGCAAGGGCAGCUUCGGGAGCGUGUACCACGCCAAAGUGCCCGGCGGCCACUCUCUCGCCGUGAAAAAGCUCGACGUGUCGGAGACAGGGGACGCGUGCUGGGGCAUCAGCGAGAAGAGCUUCGAGAACGAGGUGAGGGCCCUGACGCACGUCCGCCACCGGAACAUCGUCAAGCUCCACGGCUUCUGCGCCACCGGCGGCUACAUGUACCUGGUCUACGAGCGCGUCGAGAGAGGCAGCCUGGGCAAGGUGCUGUACAUGGGCGGCGAGCGCAGCGGCGAGAGGUUCGACUGGCCAGCCAGGAUGCGGGCGAUCAGGGGCCUGGCGAGCGCGCUGGCCUACCUGCACCACGACUGCUCGCCGCCGAUGAUCCACCGCGACGUCUCCGUCAACAACGUCCUUCUGGACGCCGAGUACGAGACGCGGCUGUCAGACUUCGGCACGGCGAGGUUCCUCGCCCCCGGACGCUCCAACUGCACCAGCGUCGCCGGCUCCUACGGAUACAUGGCACCGGAGCUCGCCUACUUGAGGGUGACAACCAAGUGCGACGUGUACAGCUUCGGCGUGGUGGCCAUGGAGAUCCUGACCGGCAAGUUCCCGGGCGGGCUCAUCAGCUCACUGUACAGCCUCGACGAGGCGCAGGCCGGUGUCGGCAAGUCGGCGGCGCUCCUGCUGCUCAGGGACCUGGUGGACCAGAGGCUGGACAAUCCCGCCGAGCAGAUGGCAGCGCAGGUGGUGUUCGUCUUUGUCGUGGCACUAUCCUGUGUCCGCACCAACCCCGACGCUCGCCCAGAUAUGCGCACCGUGGCUCAGGAGCUCUCCGCUCGCCGGAGGUCCACCUUGGACAAGCCGUUCACGGCGAUCAUGAUCGGCGACCUCGUUAGUUCGCGAGUAUGA